CGCUAGCAAUUCUUUGUUCCUGAAUGGCGGCCUGCAAUUCUCGUGGCGUUGAAUUUGAAAAAGCCAGGCGGUGAGAGCCUGAGACAUAUUCGAUUUUGCAUCCGCGGAUGCUUCCUUCAAACGGCUCUCGGGGAUACUAUCGAAAACGUCCAAGGAAGAGCCGAAUGACGAGAAAAGGCGGUUAUCGCAGUCCCGGAACAGCCACAACGUUUCAGUCGCAUGAUCCACGAAAGCGUCCCAGUUCGGCUUCUUAAUAACCGGUCUCAGAACUUCAACGUCCAUCUUUCUUCCAUGACAGACACAACGGCCUGGACACCGCACUGCUCUGUGGAGGAAGCUGAUGAAAUACUCACAAGACCAGGAAGCCCACUCGAAAUCGAAACUCGGAUUAUCGAUGGGAGAGUACUGAAAGUCUGGAAGAAUCUCUGGCCCUCUGUGCGAGCAUUCUUCUUGCAUUCGACAAAGGAGCACGCCGACAAAUCCUGUGUGAUAUACGAGAAUGAACGCUACACCUUCCAGGAAAUGUUAACAAUGUCUGUUAAAUGCGCGGCCAUUUUUAGAGAUGUUUUCGGUAUUAAGAAGGGUGAUCGCGUUGUCAUUUGCUCUCGAAACGUUCCGAGCUACUUCAUCGUGUUUUGGGCUUGCCAUCUUCUGGGAGCUGUAACUGCUCUCGUGAACGCAUCGCUGCCAUUGGACCCCCUCAGGCAUUGUAUUAUGCUAACAAAAUGUACAAUGAUCAUCCUCGAUCCCGAGCGAGCGGAGCAGGUCGAGCCGAUAGCCGCUGAUCUUAAGCACGCAACAGGCGCAUCCGGGUAUCUUGUUCUCGAGGAUCAUGAGGGCAGAGGUCAUUGGGAAAGCAUGGAUGUUUGGAGCAAAGUAUUCCGCCAGUACUACAAGGAUCCAGGAGAAAUACUGCGUGACGAUCCCCACAUUAUGCCAGAGGAUGACGCGACGAUCAUCUUUACGUCGGGAACUACUGGUCUACCAAAGGGCGUCCUGAGUUCACAACGUGCAUUUCUGACGUCGCUGUUUAACUUAACCUUGAUCUUCGGAAGAGACUACAUUCGGAGAGGCCUGCCAGUCCCUUCUUCACCCGUAUCAAGUACGCAGAAUGGUGUCCUGCUUCCAGCAUCAUUGUUCCAUGUCACUGGAACCAGCACGACUCUUUCCGGAACAUUUCAUGGGACGAAGAUUAUUUUAAUGCGAAAAUGGAACGUAGCAGAAGCUGCAAGAUUGUGCAGGGAAGAGGGCGUUAUCUCUCUGGCUAGUGUUCCAUCAACUAUAAGCGACCUGGCUGAUAGCCCAUUGUCUGGUUUUCCCUUGGAAAUGAUCACAUUCAGUGGGGCUCCGGUCCCGCCGUCUCUCCUGCGCAAGUCGAAGGAAGCCUUUCCACGUGCAUCAAUCGGACAAGCCUAUGGUCUCACCGAGACCAAUGCCACGUCGGUUGGUUUCGGUGGACUGGAUUGUAUGGUCAAACCGGAAAGCUGUGGUUUUGUAAUGCCUGUCGACGAGAUUUUGAUAAUGAAAGAUAAUGUCAGAGCUGCCUCUGGUGUGGUGGGGGAGAUAUGGCUUCGUGGUCCGAACAUGAUGAAAGGUUAUUAUGGAGAUCAAGCGGCUACUGACAAGGUUCUGACUAAAGAUGGAUGGAUAAUGACUGGAGAUCUUGGCUGCGUCGACGAAGAAGGGUAUGUAUACAUUAAAGACCGGAUCAAAGAUAUCAUUAUCCGUGGCGGGGAGAAUGUCGACUCGGUUUCCGUGGAAAAUGCCUUGUACACCGAACCUGGUGUUCUGGAAGCGGCUGCGGUGGGCGUGCCCGAUAAACGGCUGGGCGAGCUGGUGACCGCGUUGGUCACUCUCAAACCAAGCUAUCGUGGGAGGAUCACCGAGAAGAAACUUUUGGAGACUGCGAGGAAGUUGUUGCCAAAAUUCGCUAUCCCGGUAAUGAUUGUUUUGCAGGACGGAGAGUUUGAUCAUACGCCGUCUGGGAAGAUUAUUAAGGCGCGGUUACGGGUAACAGCGCAGAAAGAGUGGGUUCGUAGACAGAUGGACAAAGCGAAGUCAAGGAUGUAAGAUUGAGACGUGUAGAACAAUUUUGUUGCGGUGCUU